CACUGACGCUGAUCGUCAGUACUCGAACUGUUGCGCUCAAAUUCGUUUCCUAACCUACCAUGUUCUGCAUAUUCUGUUUGUCUCUUAGUAUGCCAUCUUGUUCUAUAGAUGCAGGAGGCACGAUUCAGUAUCCUUUCACAAUCUGCUUUUGAGCUCUGUUGCGGUCCUUGCCAUGCUCGAUGAGCAUGACCGAAUCCAGAAUGAAGGUUCUUUGGAUGCGGAGGUUGUAGUCCCCAAACCAGAGCAUGACGACGACCCCCAGAAUGUGCCCAUAUGUACAAACACACCCACGACAGCAAGAUCUGGCUCGCCUCACGAAGAUGUCCGGUACCGGUAUUUGACUUUCGACUCGGAAAUCCCUAUGAAUCCAGCAUUUCCACCUGGUGUCGAGACUGAGUAUCCACCAUGUCCGAAUCUACGCCACUUUGAUAACCCCUUCACAUGGUCCAAGACCAGGAAGAACUGGAUGACCUGGCUCUCCUGCUCCGCGAACAUCACAGCUGCCUAUUCCGCAGGGUCCUAUGCUUCGCCUGCGUUCCAGCUCACUAAAGAAUGGGGAGUAUCAGAGGUUGCAUAUAAUGUCGGUAUCACAAUCUUCACCUGCGGAUUUGGAGUUGCACCCAUGGUUUUGGCUCCGUUCUCAGAGAUCAAUGGGAGAAGGCCAGUAUUUAUCGUGACCGGAGCACUGUUUGUUAUAUGCCAGAUGUGUUGUGCUUUGACCGAUUCCUACGGAGGCAUGCUUGCCGCUCGCUUCUUUCUCGGCGUGGGAGGCUCCACCUUUUCGACAAUGGUCGGAGGCAUUCUUGCAGAUGUUUGGGUAACAGCCGAGAGAAAUACCCCCAUGGUGCUUUUCACAGGAGCAACUCUGCUCGGCACGGGCCUCGGUCCGUUGGUGAGUGGCUUCGUGGCACAGAACUUGUCCUGGCGGUGGGUCUUUUGGAUUCAAGUUAUUACUAGCGGCACUCUGGUGUCUCUCGUCACCAUCUUCUUCCGAGAGACCCGUGGGACCAUUAUUCUGAGUCGAAAAGCAAAGUUGCUCAACAAAUGGUACGUGGAAUUGGAACAAGCCGGCGCAAUUGGCAUGGAAAUCGACGCUGCUGAUCUGGAGAAGAACGACAAGAAGUGCUGUCGCAUCCGUUGGAAAGUCAAGGCCGACGAAGAACGAUCAUCUCUCGGCAGGAUGAUAGCUGUGUCCCUGUAUCGACCAAUCCAUAUGCUCUUUACUGAGCCCGUGGUCUUCUUCUUCAGCCUGUGGAUUGGAUUCUCCUGGGCUGUUCUCUACCUUCAGUUUGGGUCGAUUCCCCUGGUAUUCGAGGUCAAUCAUGGCUUUGAUCUGGAACAGACCGGGGCGAUAUUCACUGCCAUUUGCGUCGGAGGCAUUCUUUCGACAAUACUUAGCAUUUACCAGGAGAAAUGGGCUGCGAAGCAUUACCCGGUCAAAAUCAACGGCAGUCCAGAAGGGCGACUUACAUUUGCCUGCGUCGAAUCGGCCUUGAUGCCGGUUGGGAUAUUUAUCUUUGGGUGGACUUGCUAUUCUUCGAUACACUGGAUCGUCCCCACUAUAGGCAUCACGAUUGCUACAAUGGGCAUAUUCAGCAUCUUUCUGGCGACCUUCAACUACACUGCUGAUGUCUACCAUAUAUAUGCCAGUUCGGCUCUCGCUGCUUCAGGACUUUGUCGGAAUUUACUUGGCGGGUCGUUUCCGCUGGUCACUAAACAGAUGUUCCGCAACUUGGGGUUCCAAGCUGCAAGCAGUUUGUUGGGAGCGAUCGGGGCUGUAUUGACACUUGUGCCGUGGGUUCUAUUCUUCUAUGGGCCAAAGAUUCGGGCUAGGAGCAAGAUUGCAAGUGCUUUUACGUGAUGGCAGUAUCGGCAACGAUGCCAUCUCCUGUUCGGAAGGAGAAUGCCUCAUCGGUACACGCCCCAUAGCACUGGCCCAUAGCACAGGAUAAUAGCAGUGUCCAUCCUGAAUAUAUGGUCAUCACUGUCCUGAUCAA